AUGCCGAACGAUGCCAACCUACUUUCGCGGCUCGCGGCGGCGGGUAACCUCUCUUUCAUCAUCCCAUCACCACCACCGCUUUCUCCAUUUGCCUUUGCUUUCGCUCUCGCUCGACCCAUUUAUCGCCCGAGUCUUUAUCUACGAUCUCCUCCACUCCACAUCAUUGUCUCUGACCGGUCUGUGAACCGCGACGGGAUUUUGUCCUGGCUACCUAAGCUUCUUUGCCGUGCUUUGGUCCGUCGCGUGCGCUCGUGCCAACCGACUGACUGCGGCUCUUUUGUCUAUGUGCACCAGCUUCUCCGCACGGCCUCAAUUAAUCUAAACACCUUUUAUCGUCAGUUCAUCCCCGGGAGAGAACGAGAGUACCUCUUAUCCAGGAAAUUCCGAGACAAGACGGGGGCGACGGUUUCGAGCUAUCUCAUCUCGGUUCUCGGAUCCGCAGUGGUGGUGGUUUGGGUAUGGCUUCAGAAUAGCCCUCGGGAUACGAAGAAACUCUUGAGUGGCGGAUCGUCUGCCCGUUGA